GGCUUGCAUUGCGUCUUCAAAGACAGAGUCUCUUGCUCAUAUUGUUCUAUAUAAGACGCUACCAGCUCUAGACAAAUCUUGCACCAGCAUCAACAGCAUCACCAAGCACUCGAAGCCCAACAGUUAUCAAUCUUAGUUGUUCAGCAUGAUCUCCUCCAUACUCCUCAGUCUUUGCACCCUGGCCUUACUUCCAGUGGCCUUUGCAGCUCCAGCUCCAGCUCCUGAGCCCCUUUCUGCCGCUAAUGCCGCGAUUCAUUGGAUACCAAUCGACUUCAAUGGCAAAACACUCUAUCUCAAUAGUGCAGUAGUAGUCGUGUCUGUCAACCCCGGUGAGGUGGCAACACGAGCUCUGCUCACUGGCUCUCCCGACUCUGACACCUGUGAUGGCACCACUCUCGACCCCCAUCCUGCUCCUUUCGCCAACACCGCAGACUGCGCUGUGAUUCGUGAUUACACCCGCGGCCUGAACACCUACUACGGCGUAUGGGACAACACUCCCGAUACCCACGGCGUCUUGUACUACGGCACCUGUGUCUUCGAAGCAGGCACCCGGAACGUCCAGACAACCUGGAUUGGGUCUUCGAAUAUCGCGGACAUCACCGAGCUUGCUCUCAACAAGUGGCAGUCUGGUGGCGUCGUUGCCUCUCAGGGACAGACGGAGUGCGACAACUCUGGCAUCGGGAAGUCGACUGUUAGAUGGACUAUCAAGCAUUCUUGAGUUGUCUCUACCUAGUUGGUAAAGGACGAGGUGUUGUCAUCCGGCCGGUUGGGGUGAUUCCAUAAGCUUAGCUUAGCCGAAGGUGAAUACCUAGGUAAGUAAGAAUGAGGCGUAGUGUUGUUUUGGUUCCGAGCAUGUAGUCGGUUUCUGUAGAAGCAGAGAGCUAUAAAAUUUUCUAGCUCGUCUAUGAGUGCGCUGUCAUAAUUGUGCUGCACUGUCUCCAGGCUGUCGCAUAUGCUCGCCUAGUUCUUUUGAAGCCUCUGGA